UACAAUGGAAGGUGGAGCCUUUCGCGUCUUUGCCCUAUCGCUGUAUCUCGUACUGAGCUGGGGUGCGCAUGCUACACGUGCCUAUUCAUUAGCUGGCAAACGGGUGCUCGUGACGGGCGCGUCCGGAGGAAUUGGCAAGGGCAUUGCGCUCGAAUUGGGACGUCAGGGAUGCGAGGUACUAAUACACUAUCACGUGCGUGAAAAAGGGGCGGCAGAAACGCGCGACGAGAUACUGGCUUCCGGGGGCUCUUGUGCCGGGAUUACGCAGUGUGAUUUUCGGCAAUCGUCGAAUAUUCACGAUCUUUUUCGAUACGUGGAUCAACUGUGGCCCGAAGGGUUCGAUAUUCUCGUAAAUAACGCCGGUAUUGUCACGAAAUUAGCGCUGGAAGACGAUGAUGAUGAGGGACUAGUAGCCUGGCACGAAACAAUGGCCGUAAAUUUGCAUGCGCCACGCCUGCUUAGUCAUCUUGCUUUGCAUCGCAUGAAGCAACGGGACGAAGGUGGUGUUAUACUCAUGGUUUCCAGUAUCCAUUCCGAAAAGUCCAACGAGUAUGUUGGUGCCUACGCUGUCAGUAAAGCGGGAUGGGAUGCGCUGACGCGUGCAAUGGCCUUGGAAUAUGCCCAACAUAACGUUCGUGUAAAUUCCAUCAAUCCUGGAGUUGUCCCCGUAGAACGGACUGCCGAGGCUUUUGCCGACCCUUCCAACGUCCAAGCCUGGGCCGACCGCAUCCCAUUGGGAAAGCUGGGAACAGUCGAACACGUUGCCCAAGCGUGUCUUCCUUUGCUGACCAACGAUUGGAUUACUGGAGCGAUUUGGCAAGUGGAUGGAGGCAUGAUGGCUCGGAGUAACAUGCCAACGAGACCGAGGCCACUCAAAUUUGGAGGUAUUUGCUAGCUUGUAGAAAGUAAACGAUUCACGCGUUAUGAUAAGAAUGUAAUACAGGAAGUAUUGUGUCCACGCUUUGAUAGAGGAUAGAGACCCAUCAUAUUUAACGAAACGCAAUGGCCCGAGGGUUAAAGGCAGCCCCUGCCUGCCAGGUAAUUCUCCGUUCCUUACGGUAUUCUUCCAAAUCGGUAAAGCUCUGACGACAGCAAGGGCAGGGCGUGCCGUCCUGCAUUUUGGUCAACCAAUCCACGAUGCACGCGGCAUGAAAGGCGUGCAGGCAUGACCGGUUGCUCGACCACACAACUUUUUCGCCCAAUUCGUAUUCUCCGAGGCAAAUGGCGCAAAUAUUUGGUACAUUCCGAGCUGGAUCGGACUCGUGGCGCAAACGCAGAUAACCUUGUAAUCCAGCUUCCACAUCUGCUCCUAUGGGUCCAAACACACUCGAGCUUGAAACUUGUGAGGUGUUGUUGUUGUUUUCCAUGGCAUUUUGGGGGCCCGACACUUUGUCGAUUGCAUUGCUUUCGUCGCCUGCGCUG